AUGAUACACAUUGUUUCAACUUUCGCGAAGGAGAGUGCACCAUCACACUCAAGGACGUCGCCAUCCUAA